UGUUGUGAUAAACUUAUUAAAUAGGUAAAUUGGUAUCCGAGUGAUACUUGAUGGCAACUGAGAUGGUUGCUCUAAAAUGAAUCCACAGAACAUCGCGUCAUGCAGGAGUGAAAGGUGUUCUGACACAGCGGACCUUCUUUGUUACAAGUGCAAAAUUCACGUGUGUUUCAAGUGCUCUGAAAAAAGAAGCUUUACAAAUCAACCAAAAUCUUCAACUGAAAACUGUGUGCAUACCUUCAUUGAAUUAGCACCACAGAAAUUAAUUGACUUCGACUUAGACUUUUUCUCUGAAGGGUCAUCAUCUGAAGGUCAAAUAGGAAAAAAUUCUAAUCCGAUGUCGUCGGCAACUGCAGUGUUAGAUGCUAACGUAGGCAUAGACUUCAAGAGAUCAUAUUCCAGUGAAUCGUUGAAUGAAGUGAACCAUCCCGCUCAUCCGGUCACGCUUAACUUUAAUCCCUUCCAUGGUGGCCAAAAUGGAAGGACACCAUCAAGACGGGAGGGAAACUGUUCGCCGCCCGAGUUUGACUCAAUUUCGAUACAAGAUGAAAACUCAAGUGUCCCUCUGAUUGACUCUGAAGAGCGAUUGAUGUUCAAUUCUGCGAGAGAGUUUGCACACAAGCUGCAGUGUACCGAAAAUAAUCCUGUCAAAGUUGUCUCCAUAUUUGGAAACACAGGAGAUGGGAAAAGUCACACUCUAAACCAUACCUUCUUCGGCGGGAAAGAAGUUUUCAAAACAAGCAGUUCUCAAAUAACUGGAACAGUUGGAGUUUGGGCGGCGUAUGACCAGGACAACAAAGCGCUCAUUCUGGACACUGAGGGUCUUCUGGGAGUGACAAACAAUCAGAAUGUGCGAUCCAGACUACUAGUUAAAAUCUUAGCCAUAUCUGAUAUCAUCAUCUACCGCACUCGGAGUGAUCGUCUACACAGUGACACAUUCCAGUUUCUGGGAGAUGCCUCUGGCGCAUACUUGAAGUACUUCUCGCCCGAGUUGAAAACCAUCUCUGAGAACAGACGAGUGUCCAUCUCCAACCUGGGACCCUCGCUCAUCCUCUUUCACGAGACGACAUUCACAGAACCUCUCAAGGACGAUGGUGACUACACGACUACGGAGCAAUUGAAGGAGCGCUUUUCGCAGAUUGGCAGGUCAGCCGAGGGCUUCAGUUCCGUCAGCUACCUGGGAGUGAGGACUCCCUCCACUAGACCCAUCACUGACUUCUCCACUCUCAGGGAGGAAGUGUGCACUGAGAUAGGCAAGACUGCAGUCAGGUCCACCAGGCCACUUCACAUAGUGUUCCAACUGCUUCAGGCGCUGAACGAGAAGUUCAAUGGACCAGUGGACAAUAUGGUAAUGAACACUCUACCGGAUGAGUACUUCACGUGCUCAGUCCAGUGCAUGGCUUGCAAGAGUCGGUGUCGACAUAGCAUGAACCACGUGAAGAGUGGCAGGAAGCACAGUUCGGAUGUGAGGUGUCACUACCAGGAGCAGUUCCAGAACAAGACGUUCAUCUGCAAACGAUGCUGGCAGGACGGAGAAGACAGGGUAGUCAUUCCGAAGACAGCUCAGUCGGGAGACAGUGUGUGGAGUGGACUGGCCAAGUACGCCUGGCAGGGGUACGUUCUUGAGUGUCCCAAAUGCGGAGUAAUCUACAACAGUAGAAAAUACUGGUAUGGCAACAGGAACCCAGAGGAAGAAUGUGUGCGAGUAGAGAUAGCUCAUGUAUGGCCAGAUGGCAACCAGAUUUUUCAGGGUAGUCACAAUGCAUGCAGACAACUCAUAGAUGGGCUGAGCAAUGUUGCUGGUACUAUUUCGUCUCUCACAGCAAGACCAAUAGGAUACGUGUCUGACUGGGCUACGGACCAAGUCGCGCCUGAGUACUGGGUUCCGAACUCCGAAAUAAAGGAAUGUCACCAAUGUAAACUGCCUUUCAAAGACACAUACCAAGCUGAAAUAGAAGGGGCAGGAGAAGAUACGACAGUGUUCCAAGACGACUAUCUCAACGGAAGAUCGGCCAACAACAGCAACAACAAUUUGAUGAGUCACCAUAGAAGAAGCGAUUCUGAUAGUCUCACUAAGCAUCACUGUAGGGCGUGCGGGAAAGGUUUCUGCGACUCUUGCAGCAACUAUCGAAUGCCAGUUCCAGAGAGAGGCUGGGGAGAUGAGCCGGUUCGAGUUUGCUUUUCGUGCCAAAACUCGAGGAAAUCUUCGACUGCUAAUGAAGCCGCUGCAGCCACUGGCCAAGACAAGGGAGUAGACGAGGAGGCCUACAGGAAGUUGAAGCCACGCAUCAUUACAGAAGUCGUGCGCAGCUCGGUGUCCGCCAUAUCAUCUGCCGUUGAAGUCCCGAAAGCGACUGUAUUGGACUACACUAGACCAGCUUAUUGGGUGGAGGAUUUCAAACUGAAGAAGUGUAACUGUUGCGAUCAGCCCUUCGACCCUGCCAAGUUCCGAUUCCACCACUGCAGAUGUUGUGGCAACGGUGUGUGCGAUCCCUGCUCCCCCCACCGGGUGCCAGUUCCCAUCAGGGGAUGGGACUAUCCGGUGCGUGUGUGUGCCAUGUGCUACAAGAAUGGAACUUUCUCCUAAUAAUUAGAUACAGGCGUAGACUCAUUUUUUCAUUCGUCACUUUCUUCAAGUUGUAAAUUCUGGUUUUUUAUGCUGAACUGAGUUCUUUUACCUUUGGAUCUCAAUUUGUUUAAUUUCCGACUGUGAACUGAUUUUGAGCAAUUUGCUGCUGGUUGUUAAGUGAUAAUAUUUGAUCAAAUAUGUUUCGAAACAUCAGAAGUGCUGUGGUGUCGAUAAUGAUUAAGAUUUGUUUCUAAUUAAUGAUUUUCAGUUUUGCGAAACUUCAGUGCAAAGUCGCAUUAAAAUAUUAUGCAAAGCUGCUAUUUUGGUGAAGGUUGCUACCGCUAUGGACACGUUGAACGCGUUAAACGUAGAAAGCUUAGAUAGUGAAAUGGUACUUGAUAUGGCUUAUGGAUCCUGUGAUCAUGAAAUAUGAAUAUUGUGCAUUAAUUCGGAUUUGCCAAAGCUAUAAGUAUGAUGUUUAAUGUGCUAUUGGAAUCUUCUGUUGAGAGCAUUGUCUUUUUUCACACAAAUUUUGUCUGAAUAUUUAACUUAGUUUUAGAUUAUUUCGCCUAGAUUAGCUGGUGCUCUAUCUGAAUACAUUCCUAUUUUAAUUAAAAUUUUUACUGCAAAAUCUGCUAGUCAGUUAAGCUGGCGUGGAAUUAAAAAUUUUUCUUCUCAUCAAAUACGACUGCAUAACUCGACUGGUGUCUUUGCUUAAUUCAAUGCUUUCGGGGACUCCUGAUUUUUAUUCU